AUGAGCCUGGACAGUUGAAGAUCUACCUUCCUAAGAAGCUGCUGGAGUGUCUGCCAAAAUGUUCCUCUCUGCCCAAGGAGCGCCAUCGCUGGAACACCAACGAGGAGAUUGCUGCAUAUCUCAUCACUUUUGAGAAACAUGAUGAGUGGCUGACGACAUCGCCAAAAACCAGGCCCCAGAAUGGCUCCAUGAUCCUCUACAACCGUAAAAAGGUGAAAUACAGAAAAGAUGGCUACUGCUGGAAGAAAAGGAAAGACGGGAAGACCACCCGAGAGGAUCAUAUGAAGCUCAAAGUCCAGGGAGUAGAGUGUCUGUAUGGCUGCUACGUCCACUCCUCCAUCAUCCCCACCUUCCAUCGUAGAUGCUAUUGGCUGCUGCAGAAUCCAGACAUCGUGCUGGUGCACUACCUGAAUGUACCAGCAGUGGACGAUAGCGGGAAGCCAUGUGGUCCUGUCCUCUGCUCCAUCAACACAGACAGGAAGGAGUGGGCCAAGUGGAGCAAGGAGGAGCUCAUUGGACAACUCAAACCCAUGUGUGCUGGAAGCAGUCUGCAUCAGAAAUGUUCCAGUGUCAAGCAGCGCAUCAUCUCAUCCAAGCAGGAGUCAGGGGCAGCACCUGGAGGUGGAGCAGCAGUGGGCACAGGCGUUGCGGCGGCCCAAAGACUUGAGGAAGCAGAUGGCACAGAAGUCCAGAAUAGCGACGUGUCAGAAGGCCAGACGGAGCCCAGUCCUGGAGGAGGCAGGAGCAGAGCGGGCGGAGGAGGAGAGAGGAGGAAUGGCAGGAUAACUAAACCCUCCCUCCUCCCACAGAGCAGCAUGGAAGUGUCCUCGUCCACCUCCACAAACCAGGUGGAGGUCCCUGACACGACCCAGAGCUCCCCAUUGUCAAUCACCAGCGAUAUGGCCGACAGCCCCGCCCUCGCCAUCGGGGCCAGCUUGUCACAGAGCACAGCGGUGUUCAUGUCUGAGGUCACCACGCUGACCGGGGAUUCGGUUUACUCCGCUGGCCACACCCACCUGCUGGCAUCCACUCAUGAGAGCACCACCACUGGCAUCCUGUUGGCUGUUCCCCCUGAAAACCAGAGGUUCGCUUCAUUUCCUGGAGGGGUGGGAUUAGGGGAGGGAGGAGAGUUGGUUCUGUCCAGCUCUCUGGACUCCAGUGGAGUCGGCAUAUCUGAGACCACAAUGACGUUCGACCCCGACUGCUUCCUCAAUAAUCCCAAGCAGGGUCAGACGUACGGAGGGGGCGGGGGGAAGACUGAGGGGUGUAACGGUGACGAUGGAGGACUCCACUGUUCCUCUAAUGGCUUUGUCUACAACCAGACCCUCGUCAACAACAUCAAGACAGAAGCUACGUCCCUGGAGCAGCCGCUGUCCGCUCAAAGCAGCUACGUAGGAGAAGGGACAGGCCUCAGCCCCAGCACCACCCUAGAGCAGAUGGACUUUAGUGCUGUGAUGUCAUCAGCCUGCGUCCCAAGCCUGAGCCAGUCUGCACACCACCCCUCACAGAGCCUCUUCCUCCAGACCUCCCCCCAGACAAGCGAACCCUCCCAGCUGCAGACCAACAGUGCUGAGGCAACCCAGGAAUCAGGCGAGGCUCAGGCUUUCAUAGGCCUACCCACAGUGCCAACAGACUCUCCAGUAUCCAACGGUGACCCGCAUACACACCUCCACCAAGCCAGCUCAGACCAGCAAGGCCUGUGUGUAAGGAAUGGACAAGGAGGGGCGGUGGGCUCCUUUCCCCUGAUGCCACAGGAAACAACUACCAACCAAUUGGGCGGUAGGAGAAAUCGGGAGGUCGGGGUCUUAGACAAGGCUUCUGAGAAUGGAGGGGAGUUACCAAUCAAGCCUGGAGACCCUCAUGAGGCCUACACGAGUGUGGACACAGAGCACUACUUGCAACCCACAGAUGAAAAUGGAGGUGGAGAGGGGAACGGGGGAGGUGGUGGAGGGGGAGAAGGAGGGGGAAAUGAAAUUCUCUGUAAUGGUGUGAGCUUGUCAGGGGCCAGCAGUUCAGUGGUGGCCAGUCCUCAGUCUAUAUCUGCAAGUGGAGGUAUUGAGGGGCCACUCUAUAGCUCCCCUCUCCCUCAGCAGGGUGGGGGGGUGUCCGCGACAGCAACUGGGGCAGGAGCAGCCAUCAGUCUGGAGGGCUUCGAGGCUUCUUUUGGAAGCCAGUUCUCUGAUCUCAUCAAUGAUUUCAUCUCGGUCGAGGGCUCCGGAGGCGGGGUUGGGGCUGCAGUCACUGGGGUUCUGAUGCCCCAGGAGGGGGCAGCGGGAGAAGAGCAGGGCACAGGAGCGGGCCACCUGCAGAGCUCAGAGGUGGAGCAGGGAGCUCUGGGACUGCUGCAGGAGACUGGGAGACUGUUUGGUGUAACAGACUACUCCCCAGAGUGGUCUUAUCCAGAGGGUGGAGUGAAGGUUCUGAUCACAGGGCCGUGGUUGGAGUCGAGUAGUGAGUACAGCUGUCUCUUUGACCACAUCAGUGUCCCUGCUGCCCUCAUACAGCCCGGGGUGCUGCGCUGUUACUGUCCAGCGCACGAUACAGGUCUGGUGAUGCUGCAGGUAGCUAUGGGUGGUGAGGUUAUCUCUUCCUCUGUGGUGUUUGAAUACAAGGCGCGUGACCUUCCAGCCCUGCCAUCCUCUCAGCAUGAUUGGCUGUCCCUCGAUGGUAAGAACACUCAUACCCAGUUCAGGAUGUCCAUCCUGGAGCGUCUGGAGCAGAUGGAACAGAGGAUGGCUGAGAUAACCAAUCAGAACCCCAGCUCAGAAACCAUGGCAACCAAGGGUGGUGGAGCAGAAGGAGGAGGAGCCACAGAUCAGAAGUCUCAAAUUGCCCCUGAUCAGGGUUCGUUCGAGGGUCGCGUGGUGGUCGUGUGUGAGAAGAUGAUGUCUCAGCCGUGCUGGGCCACUUCUAAUCAGCUCGUCCACAGUAAAAACUCCAGAGGAAUGACCUUACUGCAUCUGGCUGCAGCUCAGGGCUAUGCAGGACUCAUUCAGACACUUAUUCGCUGGCGCACAAAGCAUGCUGACAGUAUUGACCUGGAGCUGGAGGUGGAUCCUCUCAACGUGGACCACUUCUCGUGCACUCCACUGAUGUGGGCAUGUGCUCUAGGGCAUACAGAGGCAGCAUUGGUGCUUUAUCAGUGGGACCCGAGAGCUUUGGCUAUUCCUGAUUCACUGGGACGCCUGCCGCUCAACAUCGCCCGAUCUCGGGGCCACACUCGAUUGGCCGAGCUCUUGGAGCAGCUGCAACAGAGUCCUCAAGCUCAGGGUCAGCCUGGUGACACUUGGAUGGACAGGUGGAGAGGAGAGCCACAGACAAGCGGAAUAGGCAACAACCAUACCCAAAACGCUAACCCAGAGCUGAGGAGAGCCAAGCCAGAAAGCCAGCCGGAAAACCAGAGCUGGAGCCAAGCAGGACACAGAGCUCAACAGGGAGAAGAGGGAGCCCGGCCCCCAGCCAAGAGACUCAAACCAAACACAGACACCCAGCAACAGCUUGAUAACUCAACCCCUGGCACCCAAUCCCUCAACACCCUCCUCAACUCGCCCCCGAGUCAUAACCCUCAAGGUCCUCUCCUCCCAAACACCACACAAACUCAAACCUCCAACCGCAGCUGUCAAAACACACCUCCUGCCAGUUCCAGCCAUAACCGGUCGCAGCUCCCCAGUGCUCCGUUCUCCCACCUGCAGGCCAGGAUAGGGGGGUCUGGAAGGGGCACCAGGUGGAGGCAGACUCUGGGGCAGCGAAGCCUGGCCAGGAGGAUUCUAGGAAAAGAACGACUGGCUAUUCACCUGCGCCGAAGAGUGUUGUCUGACAGGGGAGAGGAGACAGAGCUGCUGACCUUUCAGGAUAAUGCAGAGGACCUGCAGAUGGACAUUACGAUGCUAGCUGAUCAUAUCCUGGAAGCCUCAAAUGGUCGGCUAAAGCAGGAGGAUAUGGAGACUGAAACUGACUCCGGAAGGAUGAGGAUCAGCAGUGAUGUCAGAUUACUGUCUGGUUUUCUUGCUGAGGUGGAGAGGUUUCUAAAGUCCAAGUCCCACUCUCCAAGCCCCAAAACAAACUCUCACUCAGGGUCUGAGGAUCCGCAAAGUCCUCAGGCUAGACAAGCCCUCCCCUCACCCUUUGACUGGAGCUCCUUCCUCUGUGCAGCUAUGGAAGAGGAGAGGUUGAAAAGUGACUCCUCCUGUCUAACCAUGACUGAGACCGAACAGGGGGAGCUGUAUGAGACCAUCAGGCAUGCUCUGCACUUUCUAAGAAAACACAAGGGUCCCAUUCAGGAACAACGCAAAGAGAUUGCAGCAGUGAUUCAGCGCUGCUAUAAGAGAUACAAGCAGUAUGCACUUUAUAAAAGGAUGACCCUGGCAGCCAUCCUGAUCCAGAGCCGUUUCCGGAGUUUCCAUGAGCAGAGGAAGUUCCAACAAAGUCGUAGAGCAGCGGUCCUCAUCCAGCAAUAUUACCGCUCCUAUAGACACUCCCUCGGCAGCCUCCUAACGAAAAAACAGAACCAGGCUGCUCGAAAGAUCCUUAGGUUCCUUCUCCGAUGCCGCCACAGCCCCUUGAUGGACCAUAGGCCUCUGAAACGGGGUCAGAGAGCAGAGAAAGGCCAGGGGUCCUGAGAGCCCAUCGCCAGGCUCCAUACAUAGCCCUCUCAGCCUGUGAGCAAUCUAAACCCUCCUCUCCUUCAUCCUCUCCCUUCUUUCACCUUCCAGAAAUCUCCCCUUUUUUCUUUUUUUCCCAUUCCCCAGCCCCUUCCCCUAACCUUGCUCUUCCCUCCCCUCCCUUAUUUUUUCUCACCCUCUUUCCCCUCUUCUCUCAAGAGGGACAAAAAACUCUUCCCAGACAGACUGAGGACAGGAUAGGUGUCCAUCAUGGCAGCUCAGACAGACAGACUGCUGGGUGGAGCCCAGGGACCUGGCUCCGCCCACAGCACUGAUCCUCCUCCACAGUUUCACUGGGAGGCCAUCACAUUAACCUCAUGGCAUUCUUUGCACUCUUCAUGGGUAUGUUUCUUUGCAAGAGAAAGUGGACAAGUCAGACAGAAGAGGAGGCAGAGGAAGCGCCUGACGCCAACAUCCUGCCGUUUGUGGCAGCAACCGGAUGUGCUGGAAGGCUCAGACGAGGAACAGCUGGCUCAACGUGAAGGCUACUUUGACAUGCAGAAAAUAUACAAAACCUUUUUUUUGAGUUUUGUAUCUAGACAGCGAUCCAUGAAAGAAUAAGAAAACAUAAACCAAAAAACUCACUUCUAUGUUGCAUUUGCAUGCAAGAUUUUUUCGCAAAUUCCUCCCCUCCAUUAUCCCACAGAGCUAUAGCGGCGACUCAUUCAGCUAAUUCAGUAUAUCACAGUACCACCAACCACUCUGACUCACAGGCUUACAAAACCUAUUAAUCAGUCACCCGACCAAAAGGGGAGGAACUGCACUUGAAUGUAAGAGGGGCAUUGUUAGAUAAAGGGUGGGGGUCUGAAUAACGAUGUCUUAAUUUGUUACAUGGACUUUGUAUGGAGUCGUUCGCAGAGGCGGCACUUUGCUCGCCUGCCGUGGUGUGUUCAAUGUGUUUGUUCAAUUCAAUGCAUGUGUUUGAGCCACGAGCUCCUGCAUGCUUGCCAAACUGCUUUAGUGUUGUUUCUUUUGUAUUUCUAUGUGUAGUUGUGUCUCACUUACGUCCUCAUCAACUUAUCCUUGCCCUGUGUAAUGUGAACUGUGUAAGGACAAAUGUCUUAUUUCGGGUGCUUUUUUUAAAACUUUAUUUAUUUAAGGGUCUGAUUAUUUAUUUAAUUGGCUCAAGACUGGGUUAAGCUUGAGACUGGUUUUCCCCCCUUGUGUGGUAAAAUAUGACAUGUUCCAAUGGUUAAAUGUCUCUGUUAGUUUGUUCUUUGCGUGAACCUCUAAAUCCUGACUGUGGAUUUGAGGAGAGAGUCACAUACCAUUGCCUUGACUUCUUCUUGACUCUGAGAGGUCUCUAUGCUUGCUCUGUACAGGACAUGGGUCCUAUACCUGCCCCUAUACAGGGCAUUGGUCCCCAUAUUAGCCCAUAUGGGCAAUAAAAUCCAUAUUUUGGACUAUUGCAUAUUCCUGUAUAUAAACUGACGAGGUAAGGGGAUACGAGGACCCUGAAACUUUUUCAUAAGAGGACUGUAUUUAAGAUUAUAAAUUAUUUUACUCCCAUAAUGAGAACUUAAGACAGAGACCUGGGUACACAGGAUGGCUGUAUUGCUUGUAAAUAAUGUAGAUAUUACAGAGUAAUGUGCAUGAGAUUUAAGACAAAGAAACAGCAAAAAGAACAUGUUAGUGGCUAUGGACUGUGAGAGGAUUUUAACUGCUUCACUUUAAGAGUAUCCAGUAUAAGUGUUACUGAAAAGAACAUUUUGUUCAAGCAUGCAACUGAAAAAUCUAACGUUAGAAAUAUAAGUGGGAAAACAAAGUUAGCUGAAACAAUGACCUUUCAGACAAAAACAUUUACACAUUCUGUGCUUUUGUUUCUUGGCUAGCAAAAAUUAAACCCUUUUGCCAGUAGUGCCAAUUAUUAUGAAUGCUAUUUUGCCUAAUAAUAUGUUAUGUUGGGUAAACCAACACCCAAAAGAUAUCAGUAAGAUCCACAGAGGCAACACACAGACCAUAAACAGUAGACGAGACCUAGAACUAGUUCAAAUGUAGACCUACUACAAGUUAAAGGCAGACUUACAGUAUGUGUAGACAGUGAUACAAGACGUUGAUGCAAGUGUGUAAAUGAUACUAAUGGUGAUGAGGAUGAUGAAGGUUAUUUUACUAUGAAUGCAAUGAAUGAUGAUCCAAAAAAAAGGGAAGAGGGCGCUACAUUCUUGAAAAUGUGGUUGUGCUUCAGCAACAUCCUAGCUUUUAUCAGGACCAUUUCUCACACCUACAGCGGAUCCAGCCUGGCCUCCAGUCAAAGCUCUCCAUCUUCAAACAGAAUGUCUCCUCCACACUUUCUACAUAUCAGUUGAUCCUUCUUUCCUUCUCAUUGUCACUGCCAUUACUGUACGACGUGUACUUCUGGAAAGCUCUGUUUAGAAAGUGCCUGCUCAAUAACAGAAAGCUAAUAUCAGGAAAUAUCUAUUGUAUGUCCUCCAAAAAAAAGGGGUUGCCAGUUUACCUGUUUAUUUUCCUAAAUUGUGUGUCAAAAAAAAAAUGAACUUGACAGUGUGAAACUUGAUCUGAGUCUAAGCUGGAAGCUCUAAUUUGUCAUUGGUAUGAAUGAAUCCUCAUGGCCUGGUUGAUGCUAUGUGUUGCUUUAUGAGACAAACCAGUAAUUAUUACAGUAUCACUUUUUGCCCUACUUGUGUGUCAGUCCUGCAGUAUUAGAACAAAAGGACCAUCUCAGUGUAUGAAAAGCACUGUCAAGUCUAGUCUAUUACGUAACCUAGUGUCCCCUCUUGGAAGAAGACUUGCUUUUUUUUCUGUCCUUUUUUUUCUGUUUUUUCCUCAGAAAUAGUUUUGCAGCAUUUAAACAAAAAGUGUAACAGUUUUCCAGAGGAUGAAAUAGCUGUCAUACACACCGUCUUUCUUUGUUGCUCCGUCACUCACUCUCUUUGACUGAUAUGCACAUAAAAAAACAUACAUACACACGUCAAACAGGAAUGUACACAUUCAGACAAAAUGUGCCACACUCUUUCUCUCUGUGCUUAUGUCUUUGGGGAAAAUGAAAUCUCUCCCUUAGAUUUUACUCAGGGUUGAAGAACAGGGAGACAGGAUGUGGAGUGUGAGGAUCGCUGAUAAAGAGUUGUACAACUAUUUGUGUUGAUCGUGUACAUUUGUGUGUGUAUAUGUAUGUGUAUGUAUUUGUGUAUGUUAGGGAUUCUGCGGUAUCUACAAAUUACUUUUCAAGUCAUGUUCUUGAGUGACGCACUUCUAAAAAAAAAAAAAAAUCCAGUCUCAUGUUGUGAAGCGGCAAAGCGUCAUCUUUUUGCUUCAUGCAAGCUGCGUUUGCAUCACUUUUUCUAAAAGAAUGUCCAAAACCCGUAUUUUAUAGGAUUUUUUUUAUGUAAACUAAAUUCAAAGCAAGUAAGGAGUGAUAUUUCUAUUUAUACACUUGCUCUUGUCUUAAACGCACAAGACUCUUGAUACAAACGACUCUUGAACACUGCAAAAAUAAGCAACGGCCACGUAUCACCUCGAUUUUCGUAAUUAAAAAGAAAAACAAGUUCUAAGAGACAGUUCAUUUGAAGAUUUACAAUUGGAAGAUAUCUCUAAUUUGUGUUUGACAUGUUUUCUGACUUUUCAUCAUACUGAGAGACAGCCAUGGUCAGGACAGCGCUGUCAGGAGCAUUCAUGCUACAAUUUCACUUGAACCUCCUCUUAAACUGCCCCUCCUCUCACAUCAGCACAACUACAGCCACACAAAGGACACUCCUUUAUAUCUAGUAUGCACACACUGACAAAUAUAAACACACUCCGGCGUUCAAACACUUGGGCUUAUCAACUAACCAAAACACACAUUUUAACCUACACACGCAGACUGCAAAAAUCUAUCGGUAUGUUCAUGUUUUUGGAGAGGAUGGUGACUGUAAAAAAUAAAACAGUAUGUAGAGUAGAAAAAGAAAAAAUUCAAAAAAAGUAAGAAACAUUUCAAUAGUAGACAGCUGGUAGACAUGCGCAGAGAUGGCCUCUGUUCUCAGAAGUCCGCCUAAAUGAAUGGUAUAACCUUUCAGGCCUUGUUUUGAGUGGGCGUGGCCAAACACACAUUGCAUGCUAGAAUGAUAGACCCUUAUAGAUUAUCUAUGGCUAGACCUCUCCUUGCCUUCCUCCUCUCUCGCCCCGUCUCCGUCUCCUCUCUCUCUCUCUCUCUCUCUCUCUCACAUCCCCUGCUGUAUUUCCCCCCUUUGCCUGCCGUUGUGUUCUCCAUGCCUAUCUCAGUCCUUCAUUCCUCUUUUUUUGUAGCCUAGUUUUUACUUUGUUUGUUUUACAAACGUGCAUGCACAAGCAUCACUAAAUUGUUGAUGUUUUUAAAAGAAUAUUUUGUUGCUGAGGCCAUGCAAAGUGUUUUGAAUAUUGCCCUUAUAUGUGGAAAAUGUCUUCUGAAUGCUUUACAUAAUUUCUGCUGUAAAAUGAAAUCAGAAUAAAAAGAAAAUUUGCACUUUAA